AUGUUCUCCUAUUUAACGAAACAGGCUCAGUACAUAAAAAGUCGAUUAGACGGGAAUACUCUGGAAAAUUUACUUUGGUUUAUCGAUAUCGGCCCCAAAAUGGUUGGAUUUGAUCUCAAAAGGAAGAAAGUAUUUGUUUGGUUUUGGGUAGUCCACUUGUUCCUGUUAGCCUAUGUCUACUGCCUGGGCACCUUUGUGUAUCUGUGGAAACGCGCUGACAGCGCUCAGGACUCCGUUAAAAGCUUUUUCAAUGUCGCUAUCGUGUUAUUGGUUGGUAAUGCUAGCUGGUGGACUUUGAGUAAAAGAUCGCUGUUGAAACACGCCAUUCAGAAAACAGAAGUGUGCGACAGAUUGGCGUUACAUUCACCCUUCUUCCAACAAAAGCAUGCACAAUAUAUCAGACAUGUCAAAAUUGUUAUGUUUCUGUUUUACGGACUGAAUGUAUCAAAUGGCUUUUUAAUUUAUUUUCCUCAUCGCAUAUCUUUAUCGAAUGACUUUGCUAUGGCUCAGUGCGUUGGUAUGGAGCCACUCUCUGAGUCUCCGAACGGCGAGAUCUGCCUUGUGACUUUGGCUAUGCAAGAAUUUACUUUCCUCUUCAUUGUGCUUAACUACCAGUCUGUCCAACUAAUCCUUAUCGAGCACGCCUCCAUCAUGUUCCGACUCCUGGCUCUGGAGAUGAAUACACUCAAUGAACCUGCUGACGUAGAGGUUUCUAAAAAGCUGGCCAAAGAAAUCCUACCCUCGAUUAUUAAGAGACACGCAUUAUUACUGGAUGUUAUAAAUACUCUUAAGUUAUUGUACAGCGUCACAAUGGGAUUCAACUUCGGGUCUAAUGCUGUUUGCAUAUUGUUAUUCUUCUACAUACCGCUUCAAGAAUGGCUGCAAUUCAUGCCUGUUCUAGUUUACUGUUUCUUUGUUUUUUUCUUGUAUUGUUUUCUUUGCCAGCGCUUGGUGGAUUCUUCAGAAAUAUUUGAGACAGCCGUGUAUUGCUGCGGAUGGGAGAAAUUUGAUUUGCGAGAGAAGAAAAUGGUGUUCGUGAUGCUCCGCCAAUCACAGAAGCCGGUGAUUCUGAAGGCGGCAGACAUAGUGCCUGUUAAUAUAGCGACGUUUGCAUCUACUUUGCAGGCUAUGUUCAAGUUCGUGACGGUUGUUAAAAUAUAAGUGGUGUCCUAUGGAUCUGGUUCACUGUA